UAAAAUCCCGCAAUUCCAGCCCGCGGCUCCCGGAGGAUGCGCACGUGCGCCCGGAGCGGCGGCGAGCCCGAAAACCGGGAAUAACCCGGGAUAACCCCUCCCGAAACCGGGAUAAAAACCCCCCCAAAGCCGGGAUAAACCCGGGAUAAACCCGCGAUCAAACCCCCCGGCCACCGGGACAAAACCCGGACUAGACCUCAGAGAGCGCGAUAAAACCCCUAAACAAGCGGGACAGGAGCGGCAUCAAAGCCCCAAAACCCGGGACAGAAGCGGGAUAAAAACCCCCAGAGCGGAUCGGCGAGAGCCAUGAGCGGCCGGAGCUGAGCAUUCCCCGCGGCAUUCCCGCUUUUCCAGCAUGUCCUUCGCCAUGCUGCGCUCGGCCCCGGGGCGCUUCCUGUACCCCGACAUCAGCGCGCUGUCCGAGGACGAGGAGAACAGCGAGAGCUCGGGCUCGGAGGAGAAGCCCUUCCACAUGGAGGGCGACGCGUUCGGCAUCAAGAGCGGCAAGCGGCGCAGCGGCAAGAGCCGCGGGCGGCUCUCCCGGGAGCCGCGGCAGCGGCACACGGCCAACGCCCGCGAGCGCGACCGCACCAACUCGGUGAACACGGCGUUCACGGCGCUGCGCACGCUGAUCCCCACCGAGCCGGCCGACAGGAAACUCUCCAAGAUCGAGACGCUGCGCCUCGCCUCCAGCUACAUCUCGCACCUCGGCAACGUGCUGCUGCUCGGCGACUCCGGCGGCGGCGGGCAGCCGUGCCACGGGGCAGCGCCCGCCGCCUUCUGCCCCGCCGGGGCCGCGUCGCCGCCCGGCCGCGAGGCCGAGAGCGCGCAGCCCCGGCAGAUCUGCACCUUCUGCCUCAGCAACCAGAGGAAAAUGCAACCAGAGGAAUAUGGUGAGUGCGGCUGGAAUACCGGGAAUAACGGGGUCCGGGAUAGCGGGAAUCCUGGGGAGCAGGAUAGCGGGAUUUGGGAAUCCCGGGAUGCCCAGCCCCGGCAGAUCUGCACCUUCUGCCUCAGCAACCAGAGGAAAAUGAGCAAAGACCGGGACAGGAAGACGGGACAGCUCCGGAGCUAG